AUGCGCACCUCUCGCACAGCCAAGGAGACGGCCAGAGUCGUUCAGGCCCUGUCGCCCCCUGGCCGUCGGCAAACACGCAGCUCAUCGGCCCAUGCCAGUGUCCUGCGCAGUUUCGCCUUCAACGGUGGCUCCAAUGCAUCUGCGUCUGCAUCUGCAUCUGUGCCUGCGUCUGCGGAGGCAGUGAGCGAUGAUGAUGACAUGUCGUCGCUGUCAUCGGUCCCAACUGUCGAUAUCGAGGAUAUCUUGGAGCCCCCUGCCAAGCGGCGGAAGAGCGCAUUGAGCGCCCCUUCAGCCCGCGGCUCGCGGAAUCGUACUGCGCGCACGCCUGCAAAUGCUACCCAGACACCCCUCAAAGUUGAAACCACUGUCAAAGAGAAGGUCUUCGAGAAGCCUGCGGCCAGAUCCCGCCGCGUGCCUGCCCGGAAGGUCAAGGUCGAGGAUGGCACCUAUACGGUAGAGCCUCCGUCCAACUGGGAGACCAUCUAUACCACCGUGAAGAAGAUGCGCGAGGACAAUCCGACCGCCCCAGUCGACACUAUGGGCUGUGCUGAGCUCUAUUGGCGUGCGUCGUCGCCUCGAGAUCGCCGCUUCCAGACCCUCAUUGCUCUGAUGCUGUCGUCGCAGACCAAGGAUACGGUGACGGCCGUGGCCAUGCAACGAUUGCACACAGAGCUUGGGGAUGGACCUCCGGUUGCCAUCAAGGCCGAGCCCAACGACGACAACUAUGAUAGCAAGGCACUAGAGCCUAUGCAGGACAGCACUCUGAACCUGGAGAAUAUCUUGGCCGUAUCGCCGGAACGGUUGAACGAGCUGAUUCGCACCGUGGGCUUCCAUAACAACAAAACCAAGUAUAUCAAAGCCGCUGCCCUCAUUAUCCGCGAUCAGUAUGACUCCGAUAUCCCGUCGACGCCGACUGAGUUGAUGAGCUUGCCGGGGGUCGGGCCGAAGAUGGCAUUCCUGUGUAUGAGUGCUGCUUGGGGCAAGCACGAAGGCAUCGGCGUUGACGUUCACGUGCACCGUAUCACCAACCUCUGGGGAUGGCACAAGACGAAGACUCCGGAGGAGACUCGUAAGGCUCUGGAAUCGUGGCUGCCAAAGGACAAAUGGCAUGAGAUUAACAAGUUGCUGGUUGGACUGGGGCAGACGGUCUGCUUACCUAUCGGCCGGCGGUGCGGCGACUGUGACCUUGCAGGGACGAAGUUGUGCAAGAGCGAGAUUCGAGGAAUGGCUUCCAAAGUAAAGAAGACGAUAGUAUACAAGGCGGAAAGUGGUGUUGCCCCGCAGCAGUUCAUUAUUGACGAUAGCGGGGGAAGUCCAAAGGUGAAGGUUGAGGCUGCUCAAAGUGAGGUGGUCGUUCAGAAACCACGCAUCACGUUCAUGGAUCUCCCGCAUGUGGCUCGCGUCAGGAUCCUCGAGUAUGCUGGACUGCUGCGGAACUGUGUCAUAAACUUCCGAUACGAGGCUGUACGCAGAAAGUACAAUGGUGGCACCUGUCUGAAAGGGGAUCAUCGUCAUUAUAUUGCUCCAAGUCCAGGGAUCUGGAUAGAGCGCGACUGCAAUCACCCGAAACUGCCUAUUGAGCUCUUCAGUAUCUCUCGUGCUACUCGUGAAGAAGCCGGCGCAGUUUUCUUCUCCCGCAAUCGGUUUAACGCACCCCUCUCCAGCAGAACUGACUACAAUUCCUUUGAGUCCUCGUUUGAAUGGGGACUCCACCGUCUGCGUUACUUGCACUUGGACCUGAGCCCGAAAGAACACCGCUACCUCAAGCUGGCCGGUGGAGUCCACAGGACGUCUCUACGAAUUUGGAUCAGCUUCUGCCUGCUGGCUCAUUCUAAAAUGCACGGCCUGAAGUAUUUUAGUAUGACAUGCAAGGUGCGCGAACUGGAGGUCGCCCAGAGACUCAUGCGUGAGAUGAAUCCAUUCCCAGUUCUGCUCCAGUGCGCGUUCCACUUUGGUCACAAUUAUGAGGAACACACUCAGAAGGUGAUUCGCCGUGCUGCCUUGAGGGUGACGAAUACUUUGGCAGUCAAGCCUCAGUUUCCGUACUUUCGUCUUCCCCGGGAGAUACAGUUCAUGAUUCUGGAGCUGCUCCUGGUCAACCAUCCAGACCCAUUCCUCCCAAAGGUGGAGAGCCUGAGAGGUGUCAUCUCGCUCCAGGAUCGCAAGAAAGCCAUGCGACCCAGCAGCUUUCUUUCGAUGAAUUGCUGCCUGACCUGCUCUCCUGUUGGGGCGAUUUGUUUCUGCCGUGGCCGUCACACAGCUUUUUCGACCUCCUGCAGCUGCCUUGAGAGCCCGCUCAACUACUUCCUUGUCAGCCGAGACUUCUAUCGGGACGCCCGCCAGAUAUUCUACUCCCUUAACAAAUUCGCAUUCUUGGAUGAAGACCCGGAGUUCAUGCUGCAGUUCCUUAACAAGCUCCCGACCUCAACCACGGAGCUCAUGCGGCACCUGAUUCUCAAGUUUCCGUCCCACUACCGUGAUACUCCCCGCACAGGGCCCCGCGCCAACGAAUCGACUCUGCUCUGGUGGUCGGUGCUGCGCCGCUUCAUCCGCGAGCACUUCAAGAUCCCGAACCUGUCAUUGACUAUUGUGGAUAUGGGCUGGAAAGGGAUGGUUUCCGGUGAGCCCCGGCGCCGUUACCUGAAGAAGCUGCUAGAGGGGAUGCUCGAACUUCGAGGACUGCGCGACUACCGUUUGUAUCUCUCCGAGAACCACGAACUGGCAAAGGACAUGGAAGUGCGGAUGCUGGGGGAGAUCGUAUAUCAGCGGGCUCGCGGAGUGGCGCCCUUCAGUGGUCCGAAGAACUCACAGCAUGCGCAUUGACAAUGUGUCUUUAGUGGAUAUGACUUGAUCUUACUUUUCUCUGUGUCUAUUUUCUUUUUCCUUGUUGGAACGUGGAGGGAGGGUGGCCGUUCAUUAUUCAGCACUUCGGAAUAUCUACUCUAGUUAAUAAGUGGAGGUUGUCUGUAACCGAAGGUAAUUGUUCAUAAUAACAAAUGAAAAAAAG